GUAACACAAACCAAAACGAAAUGUUUAAAACAUUACUACUUGUAUCAGUACUCGCAUACCUGUGCCGGGGGUCGGAGGCCUACCUGACGGUAAAGGGCCGUGAGUUUCACUAUAACGGCCAACAGGUGUUCCUAUCGGGCGCUAACAUAGCGUGGAGUUCGGAGGAUUUGGGCCACGACUGGGGAAAUGGCAAGUAUUGGGAGCACAGGGCAAAAAUGCGCGAAUGGUUGGCCGGCAUUCACACCCACGGCGGGAAUGUGGCCCGAGUUUGGCUACACUUUGGCGGCGCUAUUUCGCCCGAGUUUGACGCCCAGGGAUACGUUGUGGGCACUGAUAGCCAAAACGAUUUGGUCAAAGAGCUACAGGCGCUCAUGGAUGACGCCCAGGCCAACAACGUGUUUAUUAUAUUGUGCAUGUUUACCAACAAUAUCUAUGCGAAAGACUCGGGUUUUAUAACCGACGAGAAGAAGAUUCAGUCAUAUCUGGACAAAGCGCUCGUACCUAUGGUUCAGGGGCUCAAAGGUAAGAAAGCGUUGGCCGCGUGGGAGAUAGAGAACGAACCGGAGGGUGCGAUGGAUAUCUGGACCAAAGAGACUGAUCCGCACACGUGUUUUGACAUUUAUCGGUGGCAAAAAAGUAACAAAAACAUGGGCUAUGAGUCCAAACAUCCCAUUAAACGAAUCCUGCGGUUCUUCAACUGGAUCUCGUCGACGAUCCACACGACAGACCCGUCAGCGCUGGUAUCGGUGGGCACAUGGAAUCCCAAGACCAGUACCGGUCAGUGCGACCAUUGUUUCAAUCUAUAUCAGGAUCAGUGUCUGGUGGCCGCGGGUGGCAAAGCCAAUGGUGUGCUGGACUUCUAUCAGAUGCACUCGUAUGAGUGCGGGGCAGAGCAUCCCAUCAAACGCACGGCUCAACAGUACUCACUCGACAAACCCCUUAUGGUCGGCGAGUUCUCCACCAAAAGGUCCUGUAUGUCGGACUCGGCUCAGGUGUAUAAACAUUACUACUUUGGCGGUUACGCCGGGUGUAUGGCCUGGCAGUAUAACGACCAUCAGGAUAAGGAUCGCGACUCCAGGGAUUACGCCUACAGCGUACCUGUACAGAGUUCGGUCACCCAGUUGUUGGGCUCGAUUGCAAGUGACCCUGCACACGAUUUGCUAAAUGACCCUUGCGCAAAAAAGUCCCGCGACGACGCCGGUAAAUGUCUCAUCCAGAAAAUCCCGGACAUUGACCCACACAGUACUGACCCAAAGUACAUAUGUUGUGUCACGUGGGUUGCCAGCGAUUGUCUGGCCUCGGCUGGCAAGAUCGACUGUACCGCCGCUGAGUUUGGUGCCCUGAGAAAGAUCCUGGACGAGAUUACUGCCCUAGACAUUUUGACCAUUAAACUUGCCCAAAUUACUUAUUUAUUCGUACCCGUGCAGAGCUCAGUUACCCAGUUCUUGGGCUCGAUCGCAAACGACCCUGUUACUGAUCUCCAAAAUGACCCAUGCGCGAAAAAAUCUGACGCCGAUGCCUCCCAAUGUCUCUACCAGAAACUGCCCGACAUCGACCCUGAUAACACUCAUCCCGAGUACCGGUGUUGUAUCUCAUGGGUUGCCAACGACUGUCUGGCCUCAUCUGGCAAGGUCGACUGCACAGCUGCUGAGUUUACCACGCUGAGAAAGAUCCUGGAUGAGAUUAUCGCCCUUGGUGAUGCCGGCGCCUGCAAGACCGAUUGCGCCUACAGCAUACCAGUGCAGAGCUCAGUCAUAAAGUUAUUUGGCUCAAUUACAAACGACCCUGUUACCGAUUUACAAAAUGACCCAUGCUACAUUAAAUCUUAUAACGACACGUUAAAAUUAUUUGACCAAAGAAUAUCGGGAAUUGACCAAGAUACCACAACAACCAAGGGUGUGUGUUGCAUAGGUUGGCUCGCCUAUGAUUGUGUAGCUUUGUCCGGCAAGGCCGACUGUACUUCGACUGAAUUUACAACGUUGCAAAAUAUACUGGAUGUGAUCAUCGCCCUUGCUAUUAUU